AUGUCACGUCAGAAAAACAUGAAUAGCUCCUCACAGAUAGAUAAUGCCCUUAAGGCAUUACAGGAAAGACCUCCGACUUCAAGGCAAGAUUACAGUGUUUACGUAACAGAGGAUGGACAACAGCUUUCGACCACAGAGAGAGCAGUAAAAUCAGUGCGCCCGCCCGCAGCAACAAAGCCAACCGAUGAAGAGCUCUUUCUUCCGAAUGGAUUACCAAACUGUGAGUUUUUAAAAGAACAUUUUACACGAGAAGGAAGAUUACAUGAAAACCAAGCGAUAAGGAUUUUGAGGGAUGCAACAGAUAUGUUGAAGGAAGAGCCAAAUCUAUUGGAGGUUCCGGCACCAGUUACUGUGUGUGGAGAUGUUCAUGGUCAGUAUUUUGAUUUGAUGAAAUUAUUCGAGGUAGGUGGCGAUCCUUCAAAUACUGCUUAUUUGUUUUUGGGAGAUUAUGUUGACAGGGGAUCAUUUUCUAUAGAGUGCCUACUCUACUUGUAUGCCUUGAAAUUGAACUAUCCCGAUACAUUUUGGAUGUUAAGAGGUAAUCAUGAGUGCAGACACUUGACUGAGUAUUUUACGUUUAAAUCAGAAUGCCUUCAUAAAUACUCACCUGAUAUCUAUGAAGAAUGUGUAACUUCUUUCAAUGCUUUACCAUUAGCAGCAAUCAUGAAUAAGCAAUUUUUUUGUGUACAUGGUGGAUUGUCGCCUGACUUAAGAUCCUUAAGUGACCUCAUUAAACUUGAUAGAUUUAAAGAACCCCCGACUAAGGGCUUAAUGUGUGAUCUAUUAUGGGCUGACCCAGUAGAAGAAUACGAUGAUAACAAUAUGGAUCAGACUUUUGUGAAGAAUACGGUUCGAGGCUGUUCAUAUGCCUUUACCUAUAAGGCUGCUUGCCAGUUCUUAGAAAAAACUGGACUUUUAUCUAUUAUCAGAGCCCAUGAAGCCCAAGACGCCGGUUACAGAAUGUAUAAGCGUACUAAAACUAUGGGAUUCCCUUCCCUAUUGACUAUGUUUAGUGCACCAAACUACUUGGACACUUACAACAACAAGGCGGCGGUCCUCAAAUACGAAAAUAAUGUAAUGAAUAUUAGACAAUUCAACAGCUCACCUCAUCCCUACUGGCUUCCGCACUUUAUGGACGUUUUCACAUGGUCUUUGCCUUUCGUCGGCGAAAAAGUCACUGACAUGUUGGUUUCGAUUUUGAAUAUAUGUACAGAGGAAGAGUUAGAAGAAGAACCAACUGUUGCAAGCACUAUGAGCAAGAGAGGAAAUGAAGUUUCCUCUCCAUCAUCCGACCCUCCUUCAGAAGAUAGAGCAAAAGACAGCGAUUCGAUAGAGGCUAAACGACAAGCAUUAAGGAAUAAGAUUAUUGCAAUUGGACGAGUCUCGAGAAUGUACCAAGUUUUAAGGGAAGAGUCUGAAAAUGUAGCUCAUUUGAAAGAACUUAACAGUGGGACCUUGCCCAAGGGUUCUUUGCUACACGGAAGCGAUGGCUUGAAAAGUACGAUCACUACAUUUGAGCAAGCCAGAAAGGCUGAUUUGGUAAAUGAGGCCUUGCCACCAUCUUCUGAGGAAUUGAAGAGAAGAAAUACCGAAAAAAGAAACAAAUUUAAAAGGGACAUUGAAUCAGAGAAUAACAGCAGCCCGGUUUUUCAAAGGCUCAUAAGAAAGUUGUCUCAGAAUUAA